UUUUUGUAUAAAGGCAGAAUUUGAAAUUAUUGGUUGGGAUUCGCAUUGGAACUUGCGUAACGAUAAGCAAACAAUUUCCGUCAUGGUCAAAUUUAAUUUAGUGACUUUAGUGUUGGUAGCUGGUUGUGGUUUCGCUUCUGCGUUUGUCCCUGAAUAUAUUCAUAUCUGCCAUAGAAACGAUCCAGAAGUGGCAGAAUGUAUUAAGAAUUCCGUAGAAGCUCUUAGACCUCGGCUCAUUCAGGGGAUUCCAGAGCUAGAUGUGCCAGGAUUAGAUCCAUUAAAGAUCAAGAAAAUUGUAAUUUUUGACGGUGCGCAAACUCCCAAUUUGGACGCUUCUUUGAGUAAUGUUGUAGCUCACGGAGCUGGAAACUUUAAGAUUACAACUUUGAAGUUGGACGUGGAGAAGAAAACCUACCGUGUAGGUGUAAAAAUUCCAUCUUUGCAAAUGGAAGGUGAUUACGAUAUCGAUGCAAAAAUUUUAGUGACGCCAAUUAAAUCGAAGGGACAUUUCCAUGCUAACGCCACCGAUAUCGAUGGUCAAGCUCUUAUCCAAGGUGACGUGAACAACAAUCGUUUCAAGUUCCAAUCAAUCGCUUUUAAAAUUAAAAUUGGAGAUUUCAAUUUGGAUAUGGACAAUUUGCUGAGCGACGAUCCUGUUCUGAUGCAAGCAGCAAGACAACUUUUCAACGGUAACAAGCAGGACCUCAUUUCAUUGGCAACGCCGUACAUUGAAAGAAAAUGUUCGGAAGUUUUGUUGGAUCUCAGCAAUAAAAUUACAGAAAAAUUUACUUACGACGAAGCGUUUCCUUUAUAAAAAGGGACUUUUUGUGAUGAAUAAUAAUAAUUCGAGUAUUAAUUAGUUUGAAAUUUUAAAUUUUUUUAGCCAAAGAAAAUAAUUUGUACUUAAGAAAAAUUUAGUAAUAAAUAAACCUGGUAUUUUUGUUAA